AGUCCCUGAGUGCACGUCGUGGAGUCUGGACCGCGCGCGUUACGCUCUCAACUAAAUCUUAUCACCUCUUGUCAGAGUAUUUCCCCCGUACUUUUUUGAAGUCUUCUUGCAAAAUUCCGUGACCGAAAGGUAUCACAAUUCAACGUCAGUGAACUCUUUCCGGAACGCGGUAGCAUCCGCACUUUCUCUCUCUCUCUCCUGAAUCCCAGAUAAAACCAUCCUAAUCUCUAUCCAUUCGAAUCCUCCCCCGGUGAAUGUUUCCAGGAUGCUUUUUUUCGUGGACCACGGAGAGUUCAGUGCAUGAUCCAUCAAUCAUGACAUUUGAGAAAGUUUACCAAUCGCGUCAAAUUACCAUUCCGUAGUAAGUGCGUGUUUAGUGCGGAAGUACUGUGAAAUUCCUGUAUCGUGUGCAUGUUUAUAAAAUAGAAAAAAAAAAUCAGCUUGAUUUGAUUAGCAUAAGCGUAGAGUGUCUGUGCUUUGUUGUGCUCAAAAGCCUGUAAAGUUUUAAAAAAAAUAUAUAUAUAAAGUGCUAGGGGAGCAAAGGAAGCAAGACAUAAAAGCUGCCCAAGACAGUGAAAAGUCAGAAAUGGAAAAGAAAGCACCAAGAUUAACGACAACUUAAGUCAGUGUGCAGAAGAAUUUAUUCAACGUUCCCUCUUGGCACGAAGUGAAUAUUUCCUGGAUAUGGCUUCGCAAGAGAUUUAAUCACAUAAACUAAUAUUUUGACUUUUGUGGUAAAAUCUGCUCAAUUUUUGGACUCUAAAAUUCAAAGGUGGUUAUAAGGGAAUUGUAAAAAAGUUUAAAAAAUAUUUUGUGGCAUAGAGAUUGUCAGAAUUAAUAACAUUAGCCCCUAAGUGUUCAUACAUUCUUGUGAGUGUCAGUUUUUUAACAAUAAAUCUCUGUGGUUUAGUGAUGACGUCAUGAGAGCCCUCUUCAAUUGGCGCUUUUGGAUACUAUUUUACAUAUAUUUUGCCCAACAAUGCAUUCUUGGCGACAACAACGUGAACCAACAACGACAAGACAAUGGACAAAUGAUGGCCUCAGUAGCUGACACAGAAUCGAGUCGGGUCCCAUCCUCGCGGAUUGGGGCUGAUGUUCGGCUCGAAAUGGAUUUUCCUCCUAGAAAUUACUUCCAUCGUCGUGCACAUCAUCGACGGUCCAUGGCAAAACUGAGGCGCUUCGAGCGCGAAGUGGUCCUCAAUGCGACAUCAACGCCGCGUCUUCAAGUGGCAGCCCCACCUUUGGAUGCGGUCACGAGGUUGCCCAGUUCAAAGAAACCCACGAGAGUGGAUGACGGUGUCCACUCACCCUCAUCGGAUGGUGCACCUGCUCCAUCCGGUGAUAACAAACGUGAUAGUAGUGAUAAGGAAAGAAUUAGCACAAGCUCCAUUUACUCUUCCGUCUCUUCCGCCACCACAACCACCACAGCCACCAUUUCCGCAACACCGGGCGCACAUAGUCCCAACACUACCCAGGCCCACCCCCGGCCGCCCGAUGUGAACAUUGCGGCGGGUGGCGUCAUUGACGAGGGCGAGCAAAUCAUCAUAAUUGCCGGCGAUGACGGUGAAGAAGUUGUUGAUGUUGUGGCUGAUGAGAAAAUGCAUCAUCGCAAUGUUGAUGCAUUUCUUAGCGAUGAGCCCAAAGCUCUGCCUCUCAGGCCCAUCAUCAGGGGCCCAUUUGACGAUGAGCACCAAGGGGAGGUGUCCAUUGUGUACGCUGAACAACAUUCCGAAGUUAAGGUCAAUUGUGAGGUGGACAUGGACAUUGUCAGCAGCAUCUGGUCCCGCGAUGGACAGACGGUGCACACAAUGGACAGAAAUUCUCGGCCAACGAACGAUUAUCGUUUCAUAAGAGAGCCCAGAGGCGGAUUAACAAUUACUAAUGUUAUGCUAGAAGAUGAUGGCAAGUGGCAGUGUGAGGCUAAAAAUGCCAGAGGAUACUCGGAAAAUGCUCGACCAGUUAAGCUGAUCGUUUUAGACCGUCCAAAACCACCAUAUUUACUGAUUGACUCCCGACGUCUCGACGCCGGAAAUAUUUUUGUACCUGUCAAGGAGAAUUCAGAAUUGAGUUUGGCGUGCAUCAGCGAAGGCGGAAAUCCCAAGCCUGUGCUCACAUGGGAGAUCCUGCUGAGUCCUGGAGUGGAUCGUCACGCCCAGAAAGUCACUGCCGAACUGACACAGCUGCAGGAAGUCAAAAAUGACAAAGAUAGGGAACCGUACAGAAUUAACAGUGGUGCCAUAUCGGAGGCCAAAUUACCAACUGUUUAUCGGGCACAUCACAAUGCACGCAUUUUGUGCGUCAUGGAACAUCCCACCUUGAAGAUGCGACAAAACGCCUCACUCCUCCUAGAUGUACAAUAUACACCAUCAUUUGCAAUUUCCCGAACACCGGGCUUUGGGUAUCCGCUUAGGGAAGGAAUUGAAGUGUCACUGAAGUGUGACGUCGACUCCAAUCCACCGAGUACGCCCGUAUGGCAGAAGGACGACGGUGACACUCCGGUUCCACAACCUGGUGAUGGUUUCCUCAAUUUCACCUCCAUUCGACGAGAACAUUCUGGAUGGUACAAAUGCACUUCGAGACAUCUAAACUUUCAAUAUUCCAGUAUUGGAUACUAUCUCAGCGUUAGAUAUGAUUCUGUGGAUGUCACGUCGGAGCCCAUCGAGCAAGAGAUGUCGAUAGCUGCAUCCCACAAUCCCUACAAGCCCGCCCAAUUGGAAGUUCAAUUAGGCGGCGCCGUCACCCUGCAGUGCCCUCAAGGAUCUCUGGGUUGCUGGUCGCAACUGGAUCCUGUGACUGCGAGACUGAAAGGCCUAGGUGUUGGUCUCUCUACGCCAACGGGCCAGUCAAUGCUAAAGGACGUCGUGUAUCAGGACGCUGGUGUGUACAAGUGCAUUGGUCAGAGUCCUGCCACAAAAAAGAAGUUAGAGGUGCUCCAUACAGUGGCUGUUGCGGUGAAAGGUCCACCAACGGCUGUAGCUAGAAAUGCGACACCUGUCGCCUAUCCUGGUUCACCAUUGCACCUUUCGGUUGAAUUCUGCGCCAAUCCACCUGCUUUUGCCGCUAGAUGGUUGCACGGGGACCGUGUCUAUACGCCAGGCAAUCAAUAUGGAAUUGAUGUGCUUGCAUACGGCGUUAUCGACGUUGCGACGCCAUUCUGCAAGGAGGCCCGAUUGACAUACGUUCACAUGCAUGAGCGCGUCCCGAGGACUUUCUACUUCGUGGUGUCGUCACCAGGCGGCGUGGCUGAGGCGAUUUUUCACGUGAAUUUUACUCUUAGGCACAAAACAAUGUCCAAUUCGGUGGAUGAUGGUGACGAUGAGGAACUCAGCGAGCCGGAAGAAAUCCAUUUUCCCGUUUUUGGUUCCAACAGCUGUCGCCUCAUCCCAUCUGCCAUUCUUCUUCCGGUUGCCCUCCUCUUUAUCCUCAUCUCCUGUCUCUUAGCCUCUGUACAGACAUCCUCGCCAAUAUAAAUUCCUUCCCCAUUCCCCUCGCCAACCCGCCCAAAAAAAAAGAAACAGAAAGAAAUCCGACCCACGGGAGUGGGUGAUGUAAAAAGACUCCCCUUCUAUGCUAUACUCACCAUUUUCUUAGACACUUCACACAAAUAACAUAAAAUACUUGUGUAUAUUUUAUGCUGUGGCAUAAGCUUAACGAGAGAAAACACAAAAAAGGUUCGUUGAAUAAGAAAAAAUAGAAAAUUUACCCUGUCUACUUUAAAGGCCAAGAAAAACGUAUGUAUUAUGCAUUGUCUCUUACUAUACCUAUCCCUGUAUUUAUAUCAUAUGUAUUAACUAUUUACUCUAAUCUAUACAUGACGAAAAAUCGCGAAAUACGGAAAACUUUUCAUAUACCAGUGGUUCUCAAUCGAAUGCCCAUCGUGAUACUUUUAUUCUUUAUAGUAUGAAAUAAAGUAAGUUUAGUUACAUGCGACUAAUAAUAAUGAGAUUGAUUCUUUCAUGUGGAAAAUAGGUUAUUCCAAAAUUUGAGGUUAUGUUUCCAAUCUAACAUCGAAAAACAGAAGCAAUUUAAUUAACCAGUUCUUGGUUUAGGCUAAAAUUGAAUGAAUUCAAAAUUUAAAGUACUGUCAGAUCAGUUUUGAAUAAUGAAUAAGUAAUGAUUUUAAAUUAUUUUUCUUUUAUGGUAGAAAAACAGAAAGUGUACAUAACCUAAAAUUGAACGAAAAAAACACAGACAUUUUCUAACUUCUUUUGUUUUAUUCUUUGUUUUAAAGAACAAAACAGGAAAAGAGAAUCACAAUUUAUGUAAGAUAAGAUUAGUCCUUUGAAAAUUUAAUAACACGGAUUAUGACCUAGUUUCGAAUUUAUUCUUGCAUUUGACGAUCAUGGUGUUCACUUGCUCUGGGUUAUGUUAAGUGGUUAUGUUUUUUUUUUUAAUUUAUAGAAAUGCAAAAUGAUAAACAAGAAUAGCGAGAGCGAAAUAUCUGUCACAAAUUGGUUUAGGUUAGUCAUAUGCAGAAAAGAAUUUUGUAGGAAUUUUCGGUCUACUGGAUCGUAGCAGAUAGUGGACGGAAAAAUAGACUUUCUUUGAUUUUUUCUCUUUACUUCUUUACGAUGUUUCGAGUAUGAAUGUCCUCUUCAUCAGGCUUCGAAUUAGAAGAAAAAUCACGUACAGGUGGGAAAAUCUGCAGCUGCACUGCUCUUGGACAUUUUUACAAUUGUUCACUCUGAAGUCCGAGUGCAGUGCAGCAGCAGAUUUUCCAAUUUGUACGUGAUUUUACUUCCACAUUCGAAACCUAAUUAAGAAGACUUCAUCCUCGAAACGUCGGCGUCGUGACGAAUUGAAUAGAAAAAAUCAAGAAAAGUCUAUUUUUCCAUCCACUAUCUGAAUUUUGUAGUGUACAUUCGGUUAAUCGUUCUAACCUUAAAUUAUUCGAAACAAUUCAUCAUCUAAGAAUAGAAUAUUUGUAAUGCGCUAUCAAAGCUCAGCGCAUACACGCGUUGUGCUUUGGCGCAUUCAAAAAAGUCCGAGCGUUAGAUUGAGAACCACUGGAAUCUCCUAGUAUUAUUAUUCCUCGACAAAAGAUAGCUAUGAAAUAUUUAUUGGAUAUCAAAAAAAUUGAACAAAUUCAAAAUGAAUUGUUUUUCACAUCUUUCACAACUCUCACAAGGAGCAAUAUCGCAGAGGAAAUGCCAUGAAUUUACAUGCUUUUGCUCAAUUUCAAAACAUUCAUCUAAACAAAAGGAAUUUAACAUACGAAUAUUUCUUUCACAUUUUUUCCCCAAAAAUGCUUUUGAGUUUGGCAUCGGAAAAAUUCACACUGAAACAGCAUAAAAGGGAUAUUUGCUGUGGCACAUUUCGACUGUGCACUAAGCUUUUAGUGCAAAAAAAAAAUGUUAAGUCGGUGAGAUGAAUAUCAGCUUUAUUUUAAUGCUAUUUCUGAGAAUACUACUUUUUCCUGAAAUUCAUGUCACUAACUUGUGCCACUGCAAAUGUAGAAAAAAAAUCAUGCUAAAUGCAAAAAAGCAAAUUCACCGAUAAAUGUAAAUUUUCUCUUUUGUUGUUGCCAAGUCUGAAUGCAUUUUGCGAAAUUAUUUUUAUUUCGUGCUGAAAAAUUAGAUUUCCAAUUUUCAAGCACGAAAAAAAACGUGAAAUAUUGUGAAUAUUAAUUGAAAAUUGUAAUAAGAAAUUAAUGAAAUGAAGAUAGUUGUAUAAGGAAAAGUAACAUUUAAAAUGUGACGUAUAAUUUUUUAGCAGUUUUAUAAGAAAUUGUAUAUGACAUUGAAAAUAUUUAACAAUUAUGUAAAUGUAUAAAAACGACUUUAGAUGCCAAACAAUAAGAAAAACACUGAGAAUAAAAAAAAUAUAUUAGAUUGUGUAUUAUAAGACGAGAUAAAUAAUAAAAUUGAAAUCGUUAACAUUUCUUCAGACAUCUCCCUUAAUUUCAAACUUAUAACUAUCAAGAAAAAAAUAGAAAAAUCGGAAAUGUAAUGCACUGCGCACAAAUAUUUUAUUUCAGAAAAAUUAAAAAGAGAAAAAUGCAUACACCGAAAUAUUUGGUGAAUGAUUAAGGCUCAACGCACAAGAACUUUUGUUAUGUAAAUAUGUUUUUUGACAUUUAAGUGAGAGUGAGUGAGAUCUAGAUCUAUAGUCGUCUCGCUCAUUCUCAUGGGUAAUUUUGAAAACAUGUUUAAAAACAAAAGUUAUUGCGCGUUGGUCAUAAGAAUCUAAUCAUACUUCUGAUCAUUGCAUAAAAAUAAAUUUAACAAGAAAAUAUUUAGAAUCACAAUAACUAUCAGACCCUUGCUGUUACCGUUAAAGCCAUACCGCUUUUCCACAUUUAAGCACAAUCCGGCGUGCACCAAAUUCUAACUGAUUUCAAUUCAGAUGUAAGCAUAGGUAUGUAUUUUCAGCUGUAUUCAGCUAACCUGAAAACGAAACUCGAGAAGCAGAGCCAUUUCUAUAUAUUUGGUCAGCACUUUUUGUUCGAGAGCUGCUGACCGGUCAGCAUAUUUUUGCUGGUUGAUUCAGCAAAAAUAUGCUGAAAAUGCCGCCUUUUUCAGGUAACUGUGUUCGAUGGGUACGUACAAUUAAUUCAAUAAAGCAGAAGAAAUGAGAUGAAAGCGUGAUAAACAUUGGAAAAGGAGUGCGUCUUUGGUAAACCAUACGAUUUUCACGCAGAGAACAUUUUUUCAGCGUCAUAGUUUUUUCCUCCCAAGCUUUAGUAUUUCUCUCACAAUUUUCUAACAAAAUCAAGAAUAUUAUGCUUUUUGGUAACACAUUACAUUACGUACAAUUUAUAAAAAAAAAAAUGAAA